AUGGCUCGGAUAUUGAUCACAGGCUCGUCCGACGGACUCGGCUCCCUCACUGCUCGCGCUCUGGUCAAACGAGGCCACUCGGUCGUCCUACAUGCGCGGAACGAUAAACGGGCUCAAGAUGCUCGAUCUGCUUGCCCCGAAGCCGAGACCUGCAUCGUAGCAGACCUCUCUGACAUCUCCCAGACGAAGAAGAUGGCAGAAGAUGCGAAUAGGCUUGGGCCUUUUGACGCCGUCAUCCACAAUGCAGGUUUAUACAUGGGCGGAUACCGAAAAACAAAACAAGGCUGGCCGAGCAUUUUCGCCGUCAACACCCUCUCCCCUUACCUUCUUACUUGCUUGAUCAAGCCCACGCCGAAGCAUCUCGUCUUCGUCUCCUCGGGACUACACAAUGGCGGUGAUCCGUCGCUGAAAGAUCUUACAUGGCAACAUCGUGGUGAGCGAGGAUUUUCGGAUUCUCAAGCCUACGGUGAUACCAAACUGCAUAAUAUUCUAUUGGCGGCUGCAUUUGCAAGGAGGUGGCCGGAUGUCCAGAGCAACUCGCUCGAUCCUGGCUGGGUGGCCACGAAAAUGGGAGGCAGUUCUGCACCUGGUGAUGUCGAGGCUGCGGUGAAGACGUAUGUCACGCUGGCCGAAGGGCCGCCUGAUGGUGUUUCUGGGAAAUACUGGUUCGGCAGUCAAGUACGGACGCCCAAGAGUCAGGCAGAGGAUGUCGCUGUACAAGACAAAUUGAUCUCCCAGCUGGAAGAGAUCACGGGCGUCAAGGUGCCGGCGGCGUGA